GAACAGGGUCUGCGGUCCCUGGGGGUCACAGACCUGGCUGUUCCUCACCCGGCUUGGGGGCAAAAAAGGUGAAGGAGGGUGAGGAGGGGGCACUCCCUAGGCCAGGCCCACCCCUCCUCCACCAGCCUUGCCCCUCACCCAUGCACUGAGCCAAGCGGUGGUUGUCAUCGAAGACACCCAGGAAGUCACUGAAGCUUACGAUUCCAUCACCUGGGGAGAGAGGAGUGGGGGUGCUGUGGGUGCCUGCCCCCCUGCAGAAGGCCUGCCUUGCACAUGCCUGCUGGCAGUUCCAGGUGUUAGAGAAUCUAGUCCUGCCUCUAGCCAAGGGCAGGCCCCAGUUUCAAUGGGGGGAGAAAUGGCCCAUGCCUUGGGGGUUCCCAAAUCAGGAUUAGGAUUAACACAGCAGCAACGUUUACAGGCCAUGAGAUAGGUGUGUUGGUCAGGGCAGGCUUCCUGGAAGAGGGAACUUUAAAAUAGGACCAGGCCAGGAUUUUGUGGGAAGGGUAGGCAUUCUUUAAAAGAAUGCCUGGAGGCGGGAGGGGACAAGAGGACAGGGAUGGGGCACCCACCAUCCAAGUCUGCCUGCUGCAGAGCCUCGAACGUCUCCUGUGGACUCAGCUGGAUACCCACAUUGUCCAGGAUCGUCCUGGCCUUUGGCAACUAUAUGAACAGUAGCAAGCGUGGGGCAGCCUACAGCUUCCGGCUCCAGAGCCUGGAUGCACUGUUGGAGAUGAAGUCGACUGACCGCAAGCAGGCGCUGCUGCACUACCUGGUGAAGGUCAUUGCUGAGAAGUACCCGCAACUCACAGGCUUCCACAGCGACCUGCACUUCCUGGACAAGGCGGGCUCAGGGAGAGGCUGUCGAUGCUGAGGCACGAGAGAAUUUGCUCCUGCUCCUCCAGAGAAAAUGGCUGGGACAGGCUGUUCAGGAAUAAUUCUGCAGGGAAAAGUGGAAGAUGGAUGUGAAAGACUGGGAGAAGGCUGGCUGUGUUUUCAGGGGUUCUUCCUGCACAGUCGUUAGAAGCUGAACUGCUGGGGAAGGGGCUGGAAGAAAGCCCACACCGCAGCUGCUGCAGUUCCUGCUCCGGGAAGGUUGCUUUCCGCUCUGGUGAGCUGGGGUUUCUGGCAGGGGCUGGCUCCAGGGAGGACAGAGGUAAGGGUUCCCACAUCCCAGACUCCUCCUUGCUCAAAGUCAAGGGAGGAGACUUGUUUGGCUCUGGGGGCUCUGGUGGGAGAGGAGGCUGGAGCUUAGGGGCUCUGCCUGUUGUCUCCUCAGUUGGCUGGGGCCCUGGGGCCCUUGGCGAAAGCUUCCUCGGCUGGGCAUGGAGGGUCUGGUGAUAAUUGGCUUGAUUUGGCGGUGGAUGUCUUGGUUCUUUAUAUUCUCCCCUCCAAGGGCUCUUCAGACCGCCCACUAGAAAACAGAGAGUACAAUGGUGAGGGGAAGCGUGCUGUGCACAGACAGCAGUCCAGGCAGGAGCGGCGUCUCCUGAGUGCAGAAGGGCUAGAGGCGAACAGAGGGGAGGACACUGUCCCGGGCCACCAUGGGAGGUGAUUUCAGAGGGCAGUGUGGUGGUCUCCACAGGAGACUUCCUCAAUAAGAUGGUCCCAAUAUGACAGGGAUAGGACUGGAUUUCUGUCUUUGACUCCGUUUUUCUUCUAGGUAUCAGUAGCAAAUUCAAAAACUACAGAAAUCAGCUCCAGAGGACUUUGUUAACAAGAAAGAGAAGAUUGAAAACAGCCCUGGGGCUACACCAACUCAAGAGCUCCCAGGCAAAGUGGCGUCCUGGACCCACAAUCUCUCCUACCCCAUCCUCAGUCAGUACUUCCCCAGGCACCGUUCGUUCUGGCGUGGGGCGAGUUCAGCCCUGGGACCACCCUCAUCCUUAAAACUACCAGCUGUCUUUGGUGAGGUGCAAGAUCUCUCUGGUUUUCUUUAUUUCAUUUUCAUUCCUAUAAUCACAGCAUUUUUGUGCCCAUCCCUCAGGUGACAUUCUAUUAUGUUUGAUGUGUCAUUUUUUAUUUGGUUGUGUCCUUGCAAAAUAUGUGUUGUUUUAUUUAUCAGUUUUUAUUUUUUUAUUUUUUGUUUUUUUUUUUUUUUUUUUUUUUUUUUUUUUUUUUUUUUUUUUUUUUUUUUU